AUGCCUACUCCACAUUUAUCAAGAGCAACAUCAGGACCGUCUUCUGGCUAUGCCGUAGGUGAUGAGAUUUGUGAUACUUCAUGUCCAAUUGAUUGGGAUACAAAUGUAGUAAAUUUUAUAUCAACUUGCUUGCAUCCUGGUCUAGUUCGACGAACUUCAUCUAGUGCAACGUAUGGCUUUGAUAAGCCGAAUCAUUUUAGACGUCAGCAUCGCCGAAAUCUAUCUACAGCUACAACAGUUGGAUUCGGUCGUUAUCCUGAUAAUCAGAUUACAAGUGGUCGAGUUCCAUAUGCUAAUGUUUUCAAUCACCCAAAUGAUUAUCAAGCCCCUCCACCAUAUUAUUCUAAACGUAUUUUAGGCCAUGCUCGCAAUAUCAGCGAUCCUACAUCUGGUUGGGAUUUCCGUGUUGUCACAAAACCUCUUAUUCUUGACCAGUUAACUGAACGACCAUCUUAUAAUUGGGAUGGUUCUACCGAACAAAAUCUAGUGGUGUCAGGGGAAUAUAAGAUUCCGGAUACUUCAUUCAUUCCUGAAAAUAAACCCGAAGCUUAUCCUUGUCUAACACCUCCACGUUCAUCUAAUGAUAUUACGUUAGAAAAUUCGUUUAUAUGUGCGCGUGAUGCAGAAACUCAUGAUACAACUACAACUGCAAAAGAUGAUGAUACUUCUUGUUUAUGCCCUUGUCUACAAGCCUGUGCUAAUCCACGUGUUGUAUUAAUCGGAUUAUGUUUAACUAUGUUUAUGCAAACUAUGGUUGUAUCUGGUCUGAUGAGUAGUAUGUUUACUACAUUGGAAAGAAGAUUUAAUUUAACUAGUCGACAAAUUGGCUCUAUGAUAAGUUGUUAUGAAGUAGCCGGUGUCAUAACCACAGUGAUUGUUAGCUUCAUUAGCGGUCAGAAACAUAAUCGAUUACGUGUUAUUGGUUUGGCGACAUUGAUCCUGGCUCUUGGAUUUGGAUUAUUUGCAUUGCCUCACUUUUUAGCUGGUCCCUACAGACCAAACUUACCAACUACUCCUGAUGGUAAUACUGCUACUAGUAUUAGUCCUGAAGAUAUCAUCCAUUCCUCUCUGUCGUCUUUUCCUCUUAAUCAAGAUUUAGAAAAUUCAAUUCAGUUGGAUGGACCACUAUGUUUCGAUCAAUCGCGCAAUACCUUUCCUAAGAAUGUUAUUUCCAAUUCACUUAAUAAUCAAACUAGUGUCGAUGACGCAAUUAUUCGUGCUGCCCCACUCACUGCUGCUGAUAAUUUUAAUAGUAAUGAUAUCAAUGAAUCAUCAAGCACAGGAUUUAUGGGAAGUAGUGACAUUGUUCAGUCUGUUCUCUUUCCAACUUUUUGUUUUGCAAUGCUACUAGCCGGGAUCGGGGCUAGUCCUUUGUAUGUCUUAGCUCCAACUUACUUAUGGGAUAACUUAACAGAUAGACAAUAUCCAAUAUAUGCAGCAUUAUUCUACAGCGCUGGUGGAUUAGGUCCUGCUUGUGGAUUUCUUGCUGGUGCUGGUUUCUUAAGUAUUUACAUUGAUUCACCAUUUAUGUUACCUGAAACUGGCUUAGACCGUAAUAGUCCAUUAUGGCUUGGUGCUUGGUGGCUUGGUAUGCUUGUCUGCGCCGCAUUAACUUUCUUUGUAGCAUUACCUGUGAUAUGUUUUCCUAAACAACUUGCAAUAAUUAAAAAAAGUGAUAGCAAUACAAUUCCAAACGAUGAAACCGAAGAUCCGGAUAAAAUCUGUUCCCCUACAAUCCAAUCUAAUAAUCAUAAUAUUUCUAAUCUUAAUACAAAUAACAAUAAAGUGAAUUUAUCUUACGUAAAAUCGUCCGAUAAUUUGCCUAAUAUAAACAAACAACCAUCACUAACCACAACAGCCGUUUCAGCUGCUGCUGUCGCAAGUGUUGAAACAUUAACAUCAAAUCAUUUGGUCAAUACACUAUCACCGGAUAGUCGCAAUGUUCAGUAUCCAAGUCUAGAAGAAUUUAAACAACAGCAACGAUUACCUGAAAUGAAGCGAAAUUAUGCUGAUUCACUUAAGACACCUCCUCAUUCUCCCACUACCAUUACUUCUAAUUCUCUUUAUGCACCGCCUCCAUCUAUCAGGGAUGCUGUAAUUAGUGGUGAUGGGACAAUUGUUAGCCCUUCAAAUCAACACUUUCGUUCACAUUCAAAUAUUGGCGGUGAUCAUCUUAAUUCUCUUGACGGUAAUACUGUCGAAGUUGUUAAUAAUGGUAUAGCUGGUUGUGGAGAUCAAUCUGACAAUUUGGGAAAAUUCAUGAAAACAUCCUUGAAUAAUUCAUUUAGUGAAAACCAAGCUAAUCUUAAAUCAAAAAUAAAAGCUUCAUAUCAUAUCGUACGUCGUGUACUAACUAAUCCUGUCUGGUUAGGUGUAACAUUGAGUACUGUUGUGGAACAAUCGAUUGUUGCUGCGUUUUUAGCAUUUGCUGCAAAAUACAUUCAAAUUUUAUUUCAUAUACCAGCUUAUUUGGCUAGUAUUCAUACUGGUGCUGUAAUAGUUCCAAGUUCAUUAUUAGGUGUUCUGUCUGGUGCUUUACUAAUGCGUCAUUUUCGACCCACGUUACAUCGUACUUUAUCUGGUUUAUGUAUUAUGAUUUCAUUGACUGUUAUAACGAGUAUUAGUCUAAUGUCAAUUGGUUGUCAAUCUAGUCGAGUAGCAGGUAUAACAGCUACAUAUAACGGGGAAAAUUGGCCUUGGAAAAAUGGUCCAGGUUUUUUAAUACCAUCAAAUUUAACAGCACCAUGUAAUCAAUUUUGUUAUUCAUCUAAUAAUCGAAUAAAAAAAUUUGAUAAUCGUCAUUAUACACAUUACAUUGAAUCACAAUGUUCAGUAAAUCAUUAUAAUCCUGUGUGUUGGACCGCUAUCUCUUCUUCUUCUUUUACUACUACUAAGAGUGAUAGUAGUAUCAAAAAGAAGACAAAUAAUCAAAUAACUUGUACUAAUGGUGAUAAUAAUCUCGGUAGUCCAAAUGAUAAUAUUGAUGACUGUGAUAGGAAAUCAUUGACAUUUUUCAAUCCUUGUUUUGCUGGAUGCAGAACACGUGUUUUAGAAGCUGGAGUUGUAAAGAAAUAUUCUGAUUGUCAAUGUGUAACCCCAUCUACACUUAAUCCAUCUGGUUCGAUCUCAUCAAUACCAAUGUCAUUAUCAUCGUCAAUGAGAAUAAAUAAUGAAUUCUUAUUAGCAAAUAAUUCUGGUGAAGUUUAUCCUGGUCGAUGUAAACCUAAAUGUACUAUGUAUGGUUUAUUUCUAGCUAUGUUAUUCUUACAUAUUCUUUGUACUGGUAUGUUACAAAAUCCAAGUAAUGUAAUCACAUUGAGUUGUGUUUCAUCAGAAGAUAGUUCUGUUGCACUUGGAUUACAGAUAUUCUUUGUCAGAACAUUAGCAUAUAUUCCGGCACCGAUGUAUUUCGGCCAACUAUUCGAUUUAGCUUGUCAAUAUCGUUCAAAUCCUAUAGAUCAUUAUUCAUCCAGUCCAAUAAAUAAUAAUGAAUCGUUAUUAAUGAAUACAAAUGUAUUAUCAUCAUUAUCAAAUUCAUCCAUAUUCUCAUCGUCUUCGUCUUUUUCACCAUCAUCAUCUCCACUGUCAUCAAUCUACUCAUCGUCUUCUACAACCACUGCGACUACAAUGUCUUUAGAUCAAAAGUAUUCUACAACAGCUGGUGGAUGUUUAGAGUAUAAUUUAGAAGGUUUACCAUUUAUUUGGCUUGGUACUGUAUGUGCAUUAAAAAUAAUCAGCUUGAUUGGAUCCACAAUUACUUGGUGGUUAGCUAAACGUCAAUUUGAUUUAAUGACAAAACACAAAGAAAAACAACAAAAUAUCGAAGGUGAAGAAACAAAGAAGGAAAUGGAAGUUGCAUUACAUCAGACAAUUACCUCUGAUCCAACUAUCAUCAAUAAUAAUAAUAAUAAUAAUGCAUUUGA